AGGGUAGAGGAGCUUGUGUUUUGGAGAAGCCGGCUAGUGCUGCCGGCACCAUGGAGUCACGUUUUAGCCCGGUACUCUCCCACAGGCCGAAUGAAGAUUGGGAGUCUACCCUGUUUGCUGAACUUGGUUAUUUCACAGACACUGAUGAGCUGCAAUUGGAUGCAGUAAAUGAGAUUUAUGAAAACAAUUUUGAUCAUCUUGAUUUUGAUUUGGAUUUGAUGCCUUGGGAGUCAGACAGUUGGGACAUCAACAACCAAUUCUGUACAGUUAAAGAUGUUAAGGCAGAACCUCAGCCGCUUUCUCCAGCCUCGUCAAGUUCUUCACUCUCAUCUCCUCUCUCAGUGGACUCCUAUUCUUCAACUCAGCAUGUUCCUGAGGAGUUGGAUUUGUCUUCUAGUUCCCAGAUGUCUCCCCUUUCCUUAUAUGGUGAAAGUUGUAAUAGUCCCUCCUCAGCAGAGUCACUGAAGGAAGAUAAGCUUGUCAUUAGUCCAAGGAAUAAAACUGAAAACGGACUGACUCCAAAGAAAAAAAUCCAGAUGAAUUCAAAACCUUCAAUUCAGCCUAAGCCUUUAUUGCUUCCAGCAGCACCCAAGACUCAAACAAACCCCAGCGUUUCAGCAAAAACCAUCAUUAUUCAGACAUUACCAACACUUAUGCCAUUGGCAAAGCAGCAACCAAUAAUCAGUAUACAACCUGCACCCACUAAAGGUCAGACAGUUUUGCUCUCUCAACCUACUGUGGUGCAACUUCAGGCACCUGGAGUUCUGCCCUCUGCUCAGCCAGUCCUUGCUGUUGCUGGGGGAGUCACCCAACUACCUAAUCAUGUGGUGAAUGUGGUACCGGUGCCUGUGGCAAAUAGCCCAGUGAAUGGAAAACUUUCCGUGACUAAACCUGUCCUACAUAGUACCGUGAGAAGUGUGGGUUCAGAUAUUGCUGUGCUAAGGAGACAGCAACGUAUGAUAAAAAAUCGAGAGUCUGCUUGUCAGUCCCGCAAGAAGAAGAAAGAGUAUAUGUUAGGGUUAGAGGCAAGGUUAAAGGCCGCCCUUUCAGAGAACGAGCAACUGAAGAGAGAGAAUGGGACACUGAAGAGGCAGCUGGAUGAAGUUGUAUCAGAGAACCAGAGGCUUAAAGUCCCUAAUCCAAAGCGAAGAGCUGUCUGUGUGAUGAUAGUAUUGGCAUUUAUAAUACUAAACUAUGGACCCAUGAGCAUGCUGGAACAGGAUUCCAGGAGAAUGAACCCUAGCGUGAGCCCUGCAAAUCAAAGGAGGCAUCUUCUAGAAUUUUCUGCUAAAGAGGUGCAAGACACAUCAGAUGGCAUCAUCCAGAAAAACAGUUACAGAUAUGAUCAUUCAGUUUCAAAUGACAAAGCCCUAAUGGUGCUAACUGAUGAACCACUACUUUAUAUUCCUCCACCACCUUGUCAACCCCUGAUUAAUACAACAGAAACUCUCAGGUUAAAUCAUGAACUUCGAGGGUGGGUUCAUAGACACGAAGUGGAAAGGACCAAGUCGAGAAAAAUGACGAAUAAUCAACAGAAAACUGGCAUUCUUCAGCGUGCUCUGGAACAGGGCUCAAAUUCUCAGCUCAUGGCUGUCCAAUACACAGAAACUUCUAGUAGUAUCAGCGGGAACUCGGGGAAUGAGCUGCAAGUCUAUUAUGCUUCUCCCAGAAGUUAUCAAGACUUCUUUGAAGCCAUCCGCAGAAGGGGAGACACAUUUUAUGUUGUGUCAUUUCGAAGGGAUCACCUGCUGUUACCAGCUACCACCCAUAACAAGACCACAAGACCAAAAAUGUCAAUUGUAUUACCAGCAAUAAACAUAAAUGAUAAUGUGAUCAAUGGGCAGGAUUAUGAAGUGAUGAUGCAGAUUGACUGUCAGGUGAUGGAUACCAGGAUCCUCCACAUCAAAAGCUCAUCAGUUCCUCCUUACCUCCGAGAUCAGCAGAGGAAUCAAACCAACACCUUUGUUGGUUCCUCUCCAGGAGGCACGGAGGCAACCCAUGUUGUCAGCACGAUCCCUGAGUCAUUACAGUAGUACCCUGCGGCCACAUUGGAAAACUAAGAGUGGGACCCUGCCAAAUUGAUGAGCGGGUGAGAGAAAUACUGCUUUCUGCCUUCUUGGUGGCAAGCAGAGAACUGCCUCAUACUAGAAUUCAAGUGGGAAAGAGAAAAAAAGAAGCUGCUCUAUUUUUCACCAUCUGCCCAUCUACUUGGAAAGCACUGGACUUCAGAUGCAAGAGAACAACAUAUCUCCAGUGGCAAACGUAUAGUCCUGCAUCCUGCAGUGUUACAUGGUGUGGUUUUUUUGGUACUUUGUAAACUGCUUUUCCCUCUGUAUUUGUUUUACGUUUAAAUAGUCAUCUUCUUUCAAAUAAGAUCCACUUGCCCUUUCUGCCAUUUCACUUAUUGAUACAGUAAAGUGAUUUUUAUUUAAACUUAUACAGCAGACAGAUGUUCAAAUGAUUUCCACUGAUUGGCUUCCUCAUUCAUUUAAUGCAAACCCACUCUGGAUAUUGUGCUUAUUUGAGAAAACAAAUCUCAAGACCAGAACAACCAAAAACACUCUAGAAAGAGUCAAAACAAUUUGAAACCUUAGGUAUAAGGGAAAAUCUCCAAUUGGUAAAGUUUAUCUUGGGAUUUGUGGUUCACAUAUGAAUGAAUAAUUGUGUUAGGGAUUGGGGGUAGGCAGCACAUUUGAGAGAAUGAAGUGAAAGGGAAGGGUCAGAGGUGGAGUUUUGAGAUAGGAGAUAGCUCCAUUAAUACAUGUGUUUAAAACAUUGUAAGUUUGAUUGGAUUGCAGUUUAAAAUUAAAGCCACAGCUGUCGAGUAUUGACAUA